AUGGAACGCAUCGCGCGCGUGGCGAGGCACGUGGUCCCAGGCGGUGUGCAGCCCCAGAGCCCGACGAACGGCCUGUGCCCACAGCUCACGUCGGGGUCACAGUCGCCCAUCCUGACGACGCUGAAAGGAAAGAUCGCAGCCCUGGCGAAGGAGAAGACGGCACUGAAAAACGACCUCCUCAAGAACCAUGGCGAAACGAAGAUCCAGGUGGUCACCGUCGAGAUGGCGAUCAACGGCGCGCGGUCCAUGAAGACGAUGGUCACCGACACCUCCGAUCUGGACGCGAACGACGGCAUCAGCUAUCGGGGCAUGUCCCUGUACGACGUCAACAGGGCCCUCCCAAAGGCGCCUGGCGGGUCGUGCGCGCUGCCAGAGGCUGCGUUCUGGCUGUUGCUGACGGGCGAGGUGCCGACCGAUGCCGAGACAAAGGCGUUCACGCUCGAGCUUCACAACCGGAGCGCCGUGCCCGCCAACGUGAUGGCCACGUUGGACUCCGUACCCAAGGAAACGCACCCGAUGACCCAGCUGUCGAUGUGCAUGCUGGCCAUGCAGAAGGACUCGAAAUUCUCCGCCGCGUACGACAAGGGAAUGAAGAAGUCCGAGUACUGGGAGUACGCGCUUGAGGAUGCACUGGACCUGGUUGCCAAGAUCCCCGUGGUGGCAGCCGCCAUCUACCGCCGUACUUUCAAGGACGGCGCUGGACCAGCAUACGACAAGAGCAUGGACUGGGCGGCCAACUACGCAAACAUGCUGGGCGUCAACAGCAGCGAGGAGUUCAAGGAGGUGACCCGCCUGUACCUGAUGUUGCACGCGGACCACGAGGGGGGCAACGUGUCGGCGCACACAGCGCACCUGGUGGGCUCCGCGCUGAGCGACCCCUACUACUCCUGGGCCGCAGGCCUCUGCGGACUCGCGGGGCCACUGCACGGCCUGGCGAACCAGGAGUGCCUCGGCUGGCUGCUGCAGGUGCAGAAGGACCUGAAGGGGCAGACGCCGACGAAGGCGCUCCUCACCCAGUACGCAGAGGAGACCCUGGCCUCCGGAAAGGUGAUCCCGGGAUUCGGCCACGCCGUGCUUCGGAACACGGACCCGCGUUACAUGCUAGAGCGCGAGUUUGCGCUGAAGCACUGCCAGAGCGACCCCCUCUUCCAGCUCGUUGACGCUUGCUACCAGGCCAUCCCAGAGCUUCUACAGAAGAAGGGGAAGGUGAAGAACCCCUUCCCCAACGUUGAUGCCCACAGCGGGCAGCUCAUGCACUUCUACAACCUGAAGGAGGAAAACUAUUACACGGUCGUCUUCGCCGUCUCCCGUGCCAUCGGCGUCAUGGCUCAGACUGUCUGGGCCAGGGCCAUCGGGCUACCCAUCGAGCGACCCAAAUCGGUCCCCUUAGACACGCUGAAGCAGCUUGCGACCAAGUGA